AUGUUGUCAAAACGCGAUGUGUUGAUAAGCUCUCUCGUUUUGAUGCUCUAUUAUGUGGGAGUGGUCGCCACUGAAGAUGAUCAAAGAGACUUUGUGACACUGGGCGAAAGGAAGAGUAGACAUGGCAGCAGUGAAGCCAUAAGAACCCCACAACGUUUGGGUGGCAUGGCCAUCGAAGGAGUCGGCUUUCAUUACACGCUGCGCUAUCAGCCGAGUAUGCGACCUCAGAAAUUUGCACAGCAGCCAGAAGAGGGAAAGCCACCAGAGCCAGAGCCGGCACCUAUAGACCCUGAGCCUACGGAGCCUGAUGAGCCCGAGCCGACCAUUCCAAUGCGUCCGACUAUCAUGGAACCGUCGACAGAUGUGCCUGGAACACCACCCGCUACGGAUAUGAUGCCCACGCAGAGUAGCACCGAAACGAUGCCGAGUCCACGGCCAACGCAAAGACCUUCGAUGGUGCCGCCAGUGAUGCCAAUUCCUUCCAGCACACGCACCUCCAUUAUGCGGCCACAUACAUUCUCUGGUAAAUUGGCACAAAAGCUGAAUCAGCUCAUCCAUGGCUCUGCGAUCGAAGCGAAUCUCAUACUAAAGCAACCGACCGCACCCAAAUCCAAGGGUAAAGGUUUCCUCAGUCUCUUCGAGGUGAUCAAGUUCCCCAACACCAAGUGCAGCGUCUCCAUGGGCGACAUUCGCACCAUGGAGGGUGUCUGCUAUCAUGAGUUCGAGUGCAAGAGUUUGGGUGGCAUACCCACCGAGAGCUGUGCUGAGGGUGUUGGUGCCUGUUGUAUCUUUGUUAACGGCUGCGGUGAUGUUACCAGCCAGCAGACCGUAUACUUCGAGAGUCCCAACUAUCCGCAGCCGGUCCGCGAAAUGAUGAUCUGCGUACUGAUCGUGAAUGUGAAAAAAGGUGUGCAGCAGCUGCGCCUAGAUUUUCAAAUGUUCGAGCUUAGUCGCCCCUCAAAUGGCGAUUGCCUUGAUGAUCAGUUCAUCAUAUCUGGAUACAAUGCCAAUUUCAAAAUACCUAUGCUCUGUGGCAUUAACACAGGCCAACAUAUUUAUGUGCAUGUUGGUGACUCCAGUGAGAGCAAGAUAUACCUUUCGGUGUUUGUCAAGGUCUCCAGUGGCCAGCGAUCGUUUAACAUCAAGAUCAGUCAACUGGAAGAUGAUCUCGCCCCUGUGAAUUGCCUGCAAUAUUACAGCGAUGGUGAGGGCAUAAUCAAAUCCUUCAACUACGAUGUGGAUGGCAGUAUUGUCGAAAGUCGGGAGGCCACUUACCUGAACAAUAUGAAUUACGCAGUGUGCUUGGCACGCUCCAAGAAUGUGUGCAGCAUUAGCUACAACAUCGAGCAACGUGGCGGUGAUCAGCCCGACUUUCAACUUAUCAACAAGGAUGAGGCUGAAAAUGAUCUGGUGAGUGAUGGCCAGGCUGGCGCUGGCAUUUUCAAUUGCCCGGACGACUUCAUAGCCAUCAAUUCGGUGCGGCUGUGCGGGGAGCGGCUGAACGAUGGCAUCGAGAACGAGGACUUCACCAUGCAUGCCACUGUGAGGGACAUUGCCGCCGGGCCUAUUGUGCUGCCCUUUCGCACCGAUGCCGAAUAUGUGGGUCGCGGCUUUCGUCUGCUCUACAGGCAGGACUUGUGUGUCUGACAUGGAUGCUAUGGUUGCGCUACGGUUAUG